AUGAGCUCUUACAACGGCUACAACGAUGAGCUGUGCUGGGGGGCGGCCUGGUUGUACAAGGCGACUGGUGAUGCUGCUUACAUCCAAAAAGCUCACGAAUUCGCCUUCGCGGACUCUGCGGAAUUUUCAUGGGACGGAAAGAUUCGAGGAUGUCAGGUUUUGCUGUAUGAGAUUGCAAAGGAACGAAAUGAUGUCACUAACGAAAAUACAUUCAGGACGUACGUCGAUAAUUUCGUAACGAGCUGGAUGCCAGGAGGAAGCAUAUCACAGACACAGUGCGGGCUUGGCUGGAUCCGAAAAUGGGGGCCAUUGCGCUAUGCAGCGAUCUCGGCUUUGAUUGCUCUGAUCGCAGCCGAGGACGGCAUCUCAUCACAGCAGCAGUUCGUGUACGGACAUGCCUGCCCCAUGUGGUUGGAACGAGUUUAACAGCCCCGACCCUAACCCACAGACCCUGCACGGGGCGCUGGUGGGUGGCCCCGCCCUGGACGAGUCGUACCAAGACGUGCGCAGCGACUACAUCCAAAACGAGGUGGCGUGCGACUACACCGCCGGUUCCAGUCCGCACUGGCUGAUAAGUCUGAGACAUCUCGAAGCUUCAUCACAACUUCCGGUAGUAACCCCGCCAUCAGGAUGUUAACAUCUACAGUACAAAAUAAAAAAUCCAAUCUCACAAAUAAAUAUAUUAUUUAUUUCUCUAA